AUGCCUGAAAUACCCGUGUAUACAGGAUUGGGGGACCCUAUUGAACAUUUGGCAAGUUUCCGUGCGCACGUGGUGCUGCAUGCUACUCCGGACGAGGUUGCGUGCCGAGCUUUCCCCCUUACUUUGGCAGGGGGAGCUCGGGAGUGGUUCAGAACUUUGCCCCCUCGUUCAGUCUCGAGUUUUGAAGGCCUCGCCAGGAAGUUCGCGUCUCAAUUUAUGGCUGGCGUUGUCCCGAAAAAGCCCGCUCAACAAUUGAUGACCAUUAAGCAAGGCCCCCAGGAGUCAUUGAGAAGUUACUUGCUCCGCUUCAACCAAGAGAGAUUGGCCGCGGAGACUCAGAAUGAGCAAUUCAUCCACUGUGCUAUUUAUCAAGGAAUCAGGAAGGAUGGUGCCCUCAUGGCGGACCUGGCAAGAAGACCGGCAGAUAGUUUGCAGGAAUUUUAUGAUUGA